AUGGACACGAGCGUCAACAGUUGCGUUUCAAACCCAGUGGAAGAGUCUCAACGCCCCAUAUUGCACAUUGAGGCUCGAGUGAAAUGUGCUAAUGAUGGCAUGAUCGUUCGCACUGAUUUGGUUAGGGACGAGGUUACAGAAUGGCUUCACAACAAUUACAUCGUGAUGUCUGUUGAUCAGUUCAUCAAUUCUUUCGGAGGUCUAAGCGAACCACAUGCCCAAGCCCUGGAGUUCAUACUCGUGACCGAAUGUAGCGGCGGCAAUCUGGAGUCCGGUGCAUACCGACUUCAGGAUGUCCAGUUGGACGUUCAAGUGUACCAACUACGUACCAAAUCGGAGCGACAGAGCUUGCAGAAGACCGGUACACUUGAGGAUUCAACAGAAGCCGGGGGUGGAGUCGCUACGGCAAGAGUACUGGCCUUACCGAGCAUAGAUCUGGAGGGACUAUGGGAGACGUUGGAUUACGAUCAACCAAUUCAGUCGACGCUUCUUUCGGCUACAAGCAGAAUGGUCUCGUUUUCUGCUCAUAAACUCGAUAAGUGGACUAUCAAUUGGAACAGGUUGUUACUCAUAUGGGGGCCACCAGGAACUGGGAAGACAAGCCUUUGUCGCGGUCUUGCCCAGAAGCUUGCAAUACGCCUGGGAAAGGGUUAUCCCCAGAGCAAGCUAUUUGAGAUCAACGCAUACUCUCUAGGAAGCAAGUAUUACGGCGAGAGUAGCAAACUUGUGAAUGGGAUGUUUGAGAACAUUGAGACGUUUCUCCAAGAGGAAGAAGAUACAUUCGUUUGUGUGUUCAUGGAUGAGAUAGAGACCUUGGUUGCUCGGAGAGACCGGGCACUGAGCAGCAAUGAGCCCUUCGACGCCAUUCGAGCAGUCGAUGCGGUACUCACAGGGCUGGAUAAACUGAAAGAACAUUCAAAUGUUAUCGUCGUCUGCACCAGCAAUUUGAUUACAGCGCUGGACCAAGCUUUCCUCGAUCGAGUUGAUAUCAAACAAUACAUACCGCAACUAUCUAGCAGACCUAUAUAUAAUAUCUACAAGGACUGCCUAGAGGAGUUGAGCCAGAGUGGACUCAUUGAGGGUGUUUCAUUCGACGUGGUCCAAGUUACUCCGGACGAUCCCCAGACGGCUUUGCAGUAUGUGGAGCAGGCUGCGGAACACCUCACCCUCCCGACUUUUGACGAAGUGCUGCUGCACUAUAGAUCGUUCUCCGAUGCUAUACCCACGCUACUUGCUAAGGCUGUCUUUGAAAGUGAGGGGCUUAGCGGUCGCACGGUUCGAAGACUACCCGCUCUAUCGUUGAUUCUUUAUAGUAACGGUACCCGAUGCGAUAUUCGGACAGCGAUUGAGGCGCUGCGUAUGGGAAUAGCGUCGGAAUGGCAGGCUAAGACGGAGGCGACGAUGACUAUGGCGGAAGAGCAGCUCUCGGGAACAACACAAGCCAAUGGCCAAUGA